GGUACCGGCGACAACUUCUACAAGCAAGGCCAAUUGCUGCCCGAGAACCUGGAGAAGGCUGCCCGGGAGGCCGGCGUCGAGGGCAUCAAGGUCCGCUACCAGCCGGAUUACGAUCACAGUUAUUACACGAUGGCGACGUUCUCGGAUGAUCAUGUCGAGCAUGCGGCCAAGUAUCUGUUUGCUUAG